AUGGGUGAUAAUAUUGUGACACUUGAAAUAGAUAAAAAUGCCUUGAAGGAUGCAUCUAAAACUAAUCAGCCAUUGAAAUGCCCCAAAUGUACUCGGACCUUCUCCAAUGUAGGGCAUUUAAAAUGUCAUUUUUACAGAGUUCAUUCCGAAUUUCGACUUGCUGCUUGCACAAUAAAUAUGCCACCAUCACCUCCACCAUCUGAAAUUUGUGAUAUUUGCAAAAAGAGUUUUCCUUCUAAAAAAGAACUGGAUGAGCACGAGUGUAUUGAUGACAGUCCACCUCCUGCAAACAAGUGUGGUGAAUGUGACCGGAUCUUUACAAAAAAAAGCAGUCUCUUUAGACACUGUAAAAGAGUUCAUGAAAAAUCGCAUGUGUGCAGCAUUUGUGACAAAGAGUUUGCUUCUAAAUCAUACCUCAGUGCACAUUAUCGUACACAUAUUAAAGAAAAAAUGUUUGCUUGUGACAUAUGCAGCGAAGCUUUUACUUUAAAGGAGACCCUUGAAACUCAUCGUCUUACUCAUGACAAUGAAUUUGUAUGCAAAGUUUGCAAGAGGCAGUUUACUCGUAAAUGUUAUCUUGUGCGACAUUCUGUCUCUCAUAAGAAAAAAUAA